GUCGUUCUACCUCUGAUGCAUGCGUACUUCAAUGCCCAUAAGAACUACUUCUUGGAAGGAUCCAGCAUCGUACAGACGGGUACAGCCAGUAACAAAGAAAAAGAGAUGAAGAAGAAGAAGAAAAUUGUUGCGAAUUUCAGUCUGUUCUGCCGUCUAGCUUCCUUGCUUCGAAUAAAAAAUCGUGCUUUUGGAAGCGUAGCAAAGAUCACGGUAAAAUGCCUACAGGGACUUACGCAGGCGUUGGAUUUGAGAACUCUGGUCAAGGUGAACUCUGACAUCGUUCGUACGUCGUUGUUGACGUUCUUCAACAAUUGCGCUGAUGAUCUUUUUGCAGCAGUGAAAGAACUCAAGGAAAAUGGCCAAUACUCACUUAUUCGUGGCCAAAACCUUAGAUCUUGGAUUUCAUUAGAAUUUGCCCAUCAAAUGAUCAUCCCUGUGCUUACGACCAUGUUUGGACAUCUGGCACGAAAUCACUUUGGAACUGAUCUGUUGUGUUAG